CUUCUCACUUUGAUCUAGACAUGCAGAAAAUGUCAUUCGUUCCAACCAUGCUAUAAUUUACUGUUCAAGUUGAAACUUUAAGCAUAUUCUUGGAUAAAAUUUUGAUUGCAAUUGUUGAAGAACAAAACGUAUUAUAUUUUUACAAUGGUUAGUAAUUUUCGUAAAUACGCAACAGCCUGAUGGUUACGCGGCAGUCGGUCUCUCGAAAACUUGUGAUGGCCACGGUUAUCUUUUCGCUAACUGGCAUUGUUAUUUGGCGUUUUCAUACUAAAGAAUGGCCGGAAUUAAGCUACUCUCUCUACGCGCGAAGUCUGUAUGAAUCGUUUAUAAAAAAUAUUACAAUGAGUCAUUUUCCCACAAAAGUUUCUCUUCAAACAAAUACUUCUCCUAUAUUUUUACUUCAGAAAGACAGAAUUGCUGUAGUUUGUUAUGUACCACGAGGUCAAUCGCAAGUUUUUUAUUUUUUGGCUUUGCUGUUUGGAUCAUGGAAGUACAUUCAAGAUCAUAAAAGUUAUAUUUUUAAAGAUCCCCGCAACGAGGCAAACUUAAUGGAAGUAGAUUUACUUGUCUUUUGUCAUCCGUCAGUUUGCCCUGAUAUUAAAACUGUGUGCCAACCCUAUAAUCAAGUAAAUGAUAAUCUAAAAAUUAGCAACCUAUGCUGGGCAAUUGAACAACCUUUUGAAAUCGAUAUAUCAUACAAUCCAAUAAACUCAUUUGUGAUGUUUAAUAGGACCGAUAUUUUUAGUAUUUUAAUGCCAUACAAAUACAUAAUUAGAACAGAUUUUGAUGUAUUUUUAACACCUGCUUUAAUGCUAUGGCGACCAAAUAAACGUGUUAUUACAGGACACGGGGGAUACUGCGCCGAAUUUAACAUUGCUAGACUACGAUAUAUUGCAGGAAAGCUAGGUUUAACUCAUCGAGGAGUUCAUUGUGUAGGUUCAACAUGGUUCGGAGAAAGAGAUUUAUUUAUUUUGCUUUCUAAAAAAACAAUAGAGCUAACUGCCUAUAUGUUUAUAAACGAGUUUACUCCAAAAUCAUCUGGCCUUGAAACAGUUAAUUUUACACAAAAUCGAGAAGGAGAAUGGCCAAAAUGGUGGCGUCCGGUCUCUUUACUAUACGGAGCUGAACUUGCACUAAACCAUUUAAUACCGGACUUUUCAUCAGAAUAUAUAAACGAGCUGGAUACUCCUUCGUGUAGUAAAAAACUAAUAUGGGAAAGCCCGCACAUUCAUUGCUGGCAUUCUGAUUGCGAAUUUCAAAAAUUUACUUUCAUGGCGCACCUAAACAAAAUUAUAUUUAAAAAAGAUAUGAUUCCAUCUAAAGUUGUACAUAAAAUAUUAGAAAGCGCGAGUGAAAAAGAUAUUGGAAAUAUGACAAUAAGUGACUAUUCAACGUAUAUAGCAUGGCACUCCGUUGCUACGCAUUUCAAAAAGUGGAUUUUUUAACAAUAUCUAUAUUUAAAAUUAUUUUAAAGUAUUCAAAGGUAAAUGUUGAACCAUUUUUUAAUAUAAAUUUUUAAUAGUGAAUGUUGUUUAUGAACGUAUUAAUCUUUAUAUUUAUAAAGCUUUUGCUCACUCUCUCUCAAAAGACUAUUUAUACA